UAAAAAUUUAAUUUAUCGAACUGAAGUGUCGUGGAAGGAAUAAAGAAUACUGUUAGCAUUGUAAUCUACAAUUCAGUUAAAAGUGCCACAACUUUCGCUUAAACAUCAAUAAAAAUAAGAUAGAAUAAAUACGGAUUCUAAGUUUUAAAAUAUAUGUAUGUUUUUAUGAUUACCGCGGAUAUUCAAAUACUUAUAGCUGUGUUCAAACAUUUUGAUUCGAAAAAGAAGAAUUACCGAAGAUCUUGACAGACAUUGUAAUAUCAAUCGGUGUUUCAAAUACAGCAUUUUAACAGCCAGAUAAAGUGGCAUUCAUCGGAUAGUACUGAUAUAAGACUAGGAACAGCUGAACUUGAUAUUCAAAUCGUCAUCAAACGACCAUAUGAAUGAGUCUUUAAGACGAUAGUUUGUUGGAACCAAGUGAUACAGUCAGGGAAGAGAGUCAUGGCACUAUCAAUUGUCCGUUGGUCAUUGGUGGUUGCUACGUUAUUUCAAUCUUUCAAGCCGGCAGUAGCCACGAGGCCCAUUUUAAGCGGCUUGCCCACCGAUAUAUACGUUGGAGAACUGGAGACAGGGACAAGACUUUUGUACACUUUCACAGCAUCUGACCCUGAUUCUGACUCAUUUACUUGUUCGAUCACCAUUGACGGAGAACUUGCUGGAGCUGCAGUGACGGACAACGACAAUGAAUAUAUUAUUAAAAGGAACACACAGUCAGGACAUUAUGAGCUCUGGUCAAACUCAGCUACAUAUGAUGAUACCGUUAUAGACACAUAUGCUGUCAGUAUAACUUGUAUAGACUCGAACAGUGAAACUAGCACGGGGAAUAACAAGGUCAAUGUUAAAGUUCAGGAUAAUGCUCUACUAACAAUAAACAAUGUUGAGGGUGCCGCAAAUGAGCUGACAGUGGAUGCAUUAGGUACAGACGCGGAGACAGUAUUGAAGACAAUCAGUUCUUCGCAGACCGGAGGAGGUCCAGUCGAAUACACUUUUACCAGCGAUCCUUCGUUCUUCCCAGAGUACUUUAAAAUUGACAACAGUACAGGAAUAAUAAAGACUAACCGCCACUUGGAGACUUUAGAUACCAACUUCACAACGAUCAAAGCAGUAAUUACAGCGAGGGAUACAGUCAGUAAUAUCGUAGUCACCGCGACACAAACCAUCCAUAUGAAUAACCAAAAUACUGUGCCGACCACUACCAAUAUGAUAACCCCUUUAACACGGACCGAACUCGAGAGUUUGGCUGCUGGAACUACGUUGUUCACUGUCUCAGUAGCGGAUCCAGACGCGGGACAAACACAUACCUACAGGAUGACAUGUACACCUGAAGCAGUUUUAAACUUGUUUGAACUAGAUACAAGUGGAAAUUUUAUGAUAGCUGCCGGCCAAACUUUGGACUAUGAAACCGUUUCGUCCAUAACCUGUGAAUUCUAUAUACACGAUGGCAUUGAAGAAGGUGGGCCAUUCUACUAUAUACUCACAGUAGGCAAUGACAACGAUGCUCCGGUAUUUGAUAACACUAUGCAUUACGUUACAGCGUCAGAGGGAUCCAAAGGAAGUGUGUCGUUUGAUCCGGGGUUUGUAUGUACAGAUGAAGACAGUGGUGACACUACGACUUACGAGUUUACAUCUGUGAACAAUAGCGACCGUUUUGCUGUGGAUUCUUCUGGCAUCAUGACGUUUAACACCGACUACGACAUUGACGGCAGCAGUGCGUAUCCUGUAACUGUCGUACUGACGGCUUGUUGUAAAGAUUCCGGCCAUAUAAACGGAGCCUCAAAGAGCGCUUGCGCACAAGUGACCGUGACAAUUUCUACAAACGGUAGAUCGAGUACAUUGUACGAGAACGGUGGAACGAGAUCGACCUCUGGUGUGCAAGAACAAUGGACCGAUCCCGAUGGACUGAACUCGACCUCUGGUGUGCGAGAAUGGCAGACCGGUUUCGACCUCUGGUGUGCGAGAAUGGCGGACCGAGUUCGACCUCUGAGGAAAAAGAGCGAAAGAUUUACGGGUACAUUUACGAUGGAACAGAUGGACGAACAGAGAGCCUUUUGGGAAUUUAUUCCCCAACUCAAAAUGCCUAAAGCAUUUUUGAUGACUGGAAAAAGGCACGAAGAGCAAAUGGAAGACGACAGUUCUGAUACAUCCUUCCAAGACGGUAAAAGUUCACCAAACUAUCAGCAGGAUGAUGACAGCGAUGAUGGCUCAUUGAAUCAUGCGGCAUUAUUUCGACCAUCAGCUGAAUCUGCGUUCAGUAAGAUCGGAAAACAAGACCUAGAUACCGGAAAUAUCAAGUCGCCAUUUUUUCCGACGUCAACGUCUGCUGGGAUGCCUGGAUUUUACCCCGGAUUCUUUCCGCACUUUUACUCUAGUCAUUACCUACCCAGGGGCUCCGAUAAGGAAACAUCUGCCUCUCCUAGCAGUACUCUUUCGUCACCAUUCCAGUACCCAGAGAAAACUUCACCAACUGAUGAUACAAAGAAAGAAAUAGGUGCAGUCGACAAAAGCAUGUUUUACUACGUAGACCCGAGAAUUCCGUUCACGAACUAUUUCUUAAAUCUCACCAAACUUCUAAAUAGCAGCAGUAAAGACUGCGCAGCAACAACACCACUUGGGAAAAUGGCGGGAGACGAUCACCGAGCAGACGACAGAGAAACACCGACAACACCCGAUUCAUCUAAAUCACUUUCCGGUAAAUCACGUGCUGAAACAAUAAGCUCUCCAGAAAGUGACCACUCUAGUCCUGAAAAUGACGAAAUGCCGGAAAGAAAAGAAUUAAAAGUUGAUAUUAUUCCCGAUAGACUAAAUUUACCAAAUUUAUCAGAUCCACGUUUUGUGAACCCAUACAGCACUGGUCUGCUGCAACCGACGCAUACUGGAGCUAUACUUCCGGUUUCUGGUGCAGGUCUUUUCCAUCCCGCACUGAUGCACCUCCCGGGAGCAGCGUACCGGCGAUACAAUCCAGAAAAACCUCCGCCGGUGAAAAAGUACAAGUGCGAUGUGUGUGGGAAGGCUUUUUCUAGAAGCAACACUCUAGUUACUCAUAAGCGUAUCCAUACAGGCGACAAACCGUUUAAAUGUGAAAUAUGUUCACGUGCAUUCCGACAGCCGGGCAACCUGACACGCCACAGACUUACCCACACAACUGUCAAACCAUACGUGUGUCCGACAUGCAAUAAGGCCUUCAAUAGGGCAUCCAAUCUACACACGCAUAUGCGCACGCACACCUCAUUUAAAGCGUUUGUCUGUCCGUACUGUGGUAAAGGUUUCCAUCAGAAAAUCGACAUGAAAAUCCACUGCUACACACAUACUGCGCAUGCGUCCAGGUCGGAAGCAUCAGCUUUAUAG